CACUGUUUCUCUCAGCCGUCCCCUUCUUCCACUUCUUAUCGCUCUCUCUCUCACACACACACACCCCGACCAUUGCCUGAUCUCACUCUCAGCACUCACUUUUUCCAUCUUAUUUGCGUUUAAAAUGCCAAUCAACAGAGACCCUUCUACUCCCCCGCCCAUGAUCGGCAAGAUCGGUCCCUACACUGUCUUCGUUACCCCACCUUCUACCCCUACACCCACUGACCCACCACUUUUUCACUCUCCCGUUAAGGCCGUGGCGCCUCCUCCGGUCCAGCCGCCACCCCAACAGUUUCACGAGUCUUACGUUGCCUCCGAUUCUGAUGGAUCCAUCCGGGGUUUUUUUAAAAAUGCCGCAUUUAAGGUCCAAAAUGCUCAUUCAAGCUUGGACGACCAUUUAGCUCGCUGGUUUGGCUUAAAUCAGUCCAAGUAUCAGUGGGCACUGGAUGAUUAUUAUGAGAACAAGGGAUUGCUAAGCAGAUUAUAUAUGUUCAAAAGAUGUCUUAUUGGAGUCCCAGUUUUUACCAAAUUAUGCCAUGGCAAGGGACCAUUUAUAACUUUUGGAGUUGCUUCAGUCACGUGAAAGUCUGUGUAAAUCUCCAGGCUUUUCUUGUUGUAUCAACAUUUUUUUUCUGGGGUAAUGUACAGAAGUUCAAAUUUGAUCUGUGGUUUAUGUAUUUUAUCUUGUUUUCGGGAAGUUUUUUAGUUAUAUUA